AUGGGUUGCACUUCAAUGAAACUAAAGCAUGGCAACAAUAAUGCCCCACAUAUUGUUCUUGUUGAAUAUUCUCCAAGGUAUGAAGAGGAAGCUGUCAGUGCUGCUGAGAAAAUGGAGUACAAGUAUCCCAACUUAUUUCAAUUUGAGAUGAGACGUGAAGCUCUGAUGUCACGCAAGUUAGAAGUAUCAAUUUAUUUCAAUAAAAAUGAGGCAAUUGGCGAACCAGAUGCCAGAGUUCACUCUAAACUAUCUAUUCUAAAAUUCCCAUCGGAUGACUGGAGAAGUUUCUUGUCCAACAUUGAUGCAUCUCUAAGAACUUCAAAAGUUGAAGUUACGAGAGCGCCAUAGCUAGUAUUCUGA